AUGAAGCUUCUACAAGCGCUCCGUUGGUGUGGAUCCCGGGCGCCCGGAUUGGCUGCGUUGGGAAGUCGCUUUCCCAAGCAGCCGGCAUGCGGGCCUGGGCAAAUGAGGCAUUUCAACAAAAUGGCGGAAGCAAGCACAAGUGCAGGUGAACCGAGGAAACCUGCGGUACCGUUGCAAGAAGUCUUGCCGCGUGAUGGCUCUCGCGACGACUUGAAAGUGCUUCCAAACGACCCAGACACGCUCAGGUUACGAGUGAAAUCCAUCGCAAAAAUCACAGACGAAGAGCAGCACGAGUUCGUUUUCAUGAUGAAUCGAUACGGUGCUACCGUCCUCGUUCAAGAAGACUUUGACGACGGCUUGCAAGCAUACAAGACUUUGGACAGAUGGUUUGGUCGGUACAUACCUCAUGAUGCCAUGAAUGAGUUUGGCAUCGUAGAGAUCAAUCCCGCCAAGCCGACCAGCAUCAAUACCGCGAACCCCAAGAAGGAACACUUGCCUCACACGGACGAUGCUUACACAGACAGCCCUUCCGCGUUCCUCACGCUGCAGUGUCGCCAAUCCGCCCCCUCUGGUGGCGGUGAGUCUGUGCUGGUUUCUGGUGCAGAUCUUGUGGCGGCUCUCUCCAACGAGGAGUUGCGGACGUUGAUGCAGCCCGGCAUGGUUUCUAUGGGCCGCAGACCAGCCGGAGAUGGAUCCUGGAUGAAAGUCAGCUCCAUACCUCUAUUCUGGGUAGACAAAGACUCUGGGUGGCUACAGGUUCGCUGGCGCUGCAAUGAUGGUUGCCUGGGCGAUGUAGCCGAAGAAGUUAAGCCUUCUUACGAGCAGAUGGAUGCCGUCGCCCGGAAGGAGGUGCAUCAGCUGGUGGUGCCUCUGGUGCCGGGGGAGAUCCUGGUUAUCGACAAUCGUGCCGUCGCACACGGCCGAAGGCCUUACGAGUCGGACGAGCCACGGGUGAUGUGGCGAAAGAACUAUGUUGGUAACGGGGAGUUGGAAACACAGCUGACGAGCGGCAUGUGUGCAACCUUUUCCAGUAUGUUCGACGGGCUUCACAGCAUGUUUGCGAUCGACGAGACGAUCGACGUCGAGGCGGAGCACGCCACGACGACCGGAGACGAGGCAGAUAUGCCCGCAGAGACGAUGCACGGCGAGAUGACCGUGAUCGUCGCGACGACCGAGAUCGCCGGGAUGACCGGGAUCGUCGCGACGACCGCCGCCGUGACGACCGCGGCCGUAGAGAAGGCCGGCGAGCAACAUGGCAAAUGCCGGAGGACCGGCGAUCAAGACGAUAGUCAAGAAUCCUCUGAACCAGAGCAGAGGAGCAGGAAACGACCCCGACAGGGAGACAAAAAGAACAGAAAAAAGGGUGACGAGAAGUCUGCUCGGGGUAAGAGAAAAGGAAAGAAGGAAUCAGAUGACGACGAUGAAGAUGACGAAGAGGAAGAGGAGGAACAGGAAGAGGAGGAGGACGACAAGAAGGAGGAUGAUGAGGACGAGGACGAGAAGGAGGAGGAAGAGGAGGAGGAAGACACUAAGAAGACUCCGCCCAGUAAGGCGCCUGUGCCGCCUAACGGGAAGUCUGAGAAGGUGCAAAUUGCCGCCCUGGAAUCCGAGUCUGCGGAAAUUAGCAGACAAAAGGAGGUUUUGGUGCAGAAAUCUUCUGAGCUCCCUGCUCGCCUCGAGCAGGAGGAAGAAGAUCGUCAACGACGACUGACCGAACUCCAAGCAGAGUGCGAGGAACUGCAAAGCGAAGAAGCAGCCUCUCAAGCCAAGCUCAAUGACCAAGAAGAGACACGCCGUCAGGAGGCGGAAAACAGAGAGAAGAGCAAGGAAGAGCUCAAGUCUGAGCUCGAAGAGACACGCAAAGCCAUGGCCAAGGAGCAAAAGCGUCACAAGGAGAAGAUGUCGGAGCUUCGACGAAUCGAGGCGGACAGACAAGGAAAGUUGGACAGCAUUCAGAAAGACAUUGACGAGUUUGAUCGUCAGUUUGGCGAAGAGCAGGAGUCGUUGACCAGCCGCCGUGCUGGCCUCCGACAAAAGAGCCAGGAGCUUCACUCGCAGGUGGAGGCUCUGCAGGAGGAGAGCAGAUCAGCCAAGGCCGUGCUGGAAGAGGAGCAGAGGAAGCAGGAGGAGGAAGUGGCCGAGCUGGAGCGCAAGAUUGAAGAAUGCACCACACAGAGCCGCACCUUCACAGAAGACCUCGAGAAACUUGGCGCAAGGAGAACCCUCGAGGAGCCAGAUGGCGAGGCCAUCGAGGCCCAGCUCGAGGAAAUGAGCGACGAGGAGAAGGAGCAGGUGAGUCAGAAGGCAUCUUUGAAGGUCCUGAGAGCUGUCAAGGGCAUGAAGAGCUGCGAUGCUGAAACCAUCAUAGAGGCUCUGCAGUCCUUGGAGACGGCUCUCAGCGAGCACUUCCCGCUCACAGGAGAGCUCGAGGCGGAGCUCCAGGACGAGGCCGGCGCAGCCUUGGAGGCCAAGGCCAAAGAGCACGGCCUCCGCCCCCUGUCGCAGUGCUCCAAGGGCGGAGAAGGUGUGGAGGUCGAGGCAGAAGAGGAUGCGGCUAUGGAGGAGAAGCCGGAAGAAGAGGAGGAGGAUGAUAAGGACGAGAAGGACGAGAAGGACGAGAAGGACGAGAAGGAUGAACGUGAUGAGAGGGAAGAGAAGAACGAGGAUGCCGAUGCAAUGGAGAAGGACAAGGAGGAGGAAGACGAGGACGAGGAGGAGCCUGAAAAGGACUCCCCGAAGCCACCACCUUCCCCUCCUGAGGAGGAGCAGCGGCCGCCAAGCCCGGAGCCGCCGUCCCCACCCAAGGAGCGCCGGGAGAACCGCGAGCAGAAAGCUCCACGCGCAAAGACUGUCGCCGCCCAGACGCAGCAGUACUGUUCCGGGUCAGAUGUCAUGAGACUUAAUCCUGACGGAGCACAGAAAGAGGAGGCCGUCUCAGAUCGCCUGCACUCUUUGCACUCUUCGGCCACUUGCCAAGCUUGCCAGGUUUUCAACUGGACGCACCGCAACCAUGCCGACAAGCUUGCGGAGCAGGAUAAAAAGGCUAGAGAGGAGAAAGAGGCUGCUCUGAAAAGAGAGCGCGAAGAGGCCUUGAAAAAGGCAGAAAAUCAGAUGACGGAUCUAGAGAGGAAGCAGCAGGAACAAGUAGCCCGCUUUCGGGUUUCGAAGGCGAUUGAGACCGUCCGGAACACCCUGAUGGGAAAAGAGCAGGCUGCUGAAGAAAUGCGGCAGGUCAUGUCGGAGUGCUUCGGCAGAACCACCGGGUGGCUUCCGAAGGUCGCCCCAGAGGCGCAGCAGGCCAUUCCGACGAAAGAGGAGAUGCAAAACAAGACCUUCACAAAGGCUGCAGGCAUCAAGUUCGCAGAGGAAAAGGUGGCUGUGGCUGUGGAGGUUUCCCUGGUGGCUGCGGCCCGUGCGGAAGCAAGGGCUGCAAGGGAGGGGGGUGUUGCUUUGGCGAGCUCAGCGGCUGUGGUCCUCCGAGUGGUCCUCCUGGCGGCCCCCCUCCAAACGGUCCAGGCGGGUACGGUGGUGAGUCUGGAGGAUAUGGCGGUGGUGGCUGCUGCGGGGGCUGUGGCCCCGGUCCAUGCGGUGGGAAAGGAGGUUGCGGCUGCAUGGGCAAAGGCGUAA